CUCAACACAGCAUUCCAAUAUUAGUCGCGCGCUGUCUCUUGAAUAGUAAACACGCAAAACAUCAAGAAUCAAAAGAGCUUUAAUUUUUUAACAAACUAUUUUGUGUUAUUUUUUGCAUGUGUGCUGCUUAAAUUUUUAAAACGAAAAUUUACAAUUGUGUUUUAUAAGAAGGGUCCCACAAAAUUAUCAUUGAAAUAUCAGUGAGAGUGGAAAAUAAAAAAGAGAUUUUUUUUUUCUAGUGACGAUGCGAUCACUUCUGAUUUUAGCUGUGGUUCUGCCACAAAUAGUUUUUUGUGAAAAUGAAAAUGUUAAUUUAAAUGCGAAUUCAAAUAAUGAUAAUGAGAAAUUAACUCAAGGUAGUCAUUUGACGCCGGCACAGAGUCUAUACUGUAAUGAUUUAAAUCCCCAAAUGCAUUUGGAUUUUAAUAUGCUCAUGGGUUUGUGGUAUGGUGCUGAAAUAAUUACUCAUCAUGAAAGUGAAGCAUAUGAGACUGUCUAUGAUUCCUGUGUAGUUGUUCAUUUAGCGGAUGCCAAUGAGCUUGGAAAUGACGAUUAUGAUUACUCAAAUUACGACGACAGAGUGGUCAGCCAAAGGCAACCUGUUUCACACAAUCGACAGAAUUACAAUUUCCAUGGCUCUAAUCGACGACUUCGUUUAAUCUGGGAUGAGAAAGGACGAUCAUUGGAAUAUACAUUAAGAGUUGACUCAGCACGACGUGGUUUCUGGAUGACGUCUGGACCACAAAAAGGAACAAUGCUAGACUUACCAUACAGUCAAUUUACUGGAACCGUACAAGUGAUGAAAGCAGUGGGAAAUCAUCUUGUCCUAACAUUCUGUGAAACGUUGCCAAAGAGUCAAAUGUUUACAAUUAUCUUAACUCGCAAACCUCAUCUGUUAUCGCGUGAUGAUGUUCAAUCAGUGAGAAAUCUCCUACGACGUCGUGGCUUGAGUGUUCAAUCUGUACGAAAAGUGUGUCGCAACUCCUCAGUGACAAUAAAAUCAAGCAUUAUGUUGACAAUUAUUACAUUCAUUAUUGCAUCGCUUCUCAGUCGAAAGGUUUAAUAAUGGGAUGGAAGACGUCACAAGAGAUUACACAGCAGUUGAAAAUUAAAUUUGAUUAUUCAAAAUUUCUUAUGUUUAUUAUUUUGAGGAUGCUCGCAUCAAAAACAUUUCGGCACGCUUUAAUUUUUUUUUGUUUCUAUUCCAUCCUUUUCAUGUUCUUUAAAAUGCCAGAAUUUAAUUCUUGGUAAUUUCCUUUAAUUACUGAUGAUUGAGUUCAUUUAAAUUAUUUUCAUGGAUCUUCAUUUUCUAAAUUUUGUUAGUAAUUUAUUCAUUAUCAUGUGUGCUUUAAUAGAAUAAGAAGGGGGAAAUUAAUUUAUUUGAUAAUUUUGUAGCAAGUUUAUUGUAGAAUUUAUCAAAAAUCAAGUGAUUGGUAUUAUUCUUAGUAAUUAGCAUGAACAUUAUACUGAGUUGUUUGGAAAAACAAUACUGCCAUUUUUAAGGACACAGAAAUUUUCAAAAAAUUGACUUACAAUCUUUAUCAACAUUGAAUAAUUUCAUGAUAUUUACUGGAAUAUUAAAAUUGUAAUCUUUCAUGCGAUCCAUGAAAGUACAUUAAAGAAUUUUUUUAAAAUAUUUACUAAUUUAAGUGUAUAAUAGAUUUAAUUAAAUCAUGAGAGUCACUAUGCAUUAAUUUUUUUUAAAAAAGAUAAAAAGAAUUAUAAAUGAACUUUGAAUGGAAAAUGUUCUCAAAAAUAUAGAAAAUAAUGCUAGUAUUUAUUUAAUAUAUGUAAUAUUUCUGCAAGGAAUGAAUUUUUUAAUAAACAAAUUUUUAAAGAUUUACUCCUUUGCACUAACUACUGAUGAUUGUAACAAUAAUUUUAAUACAUAAUGAAAUUUCCGCUGACUACCAAAAACAACUUAUUAAUUGAUUAAU